UCUUAAUGUCAGUAUUCCAACUAAUUACUUGAUGCGCGUACGCAUUUAAUUGCGAUUCAACUAACGACGGAAUCUAAACAAGAAUUAAUGGAGGUCGAAGAAGGCAUACCGCUGGAAAAGAAAUCACCUGGAGGUUGGAUUGUGCUGCUAAAGCAAAGGCUUCCGAUUGUGGAAUGGGCUCCGAAGUAUAACCAAACUGCUGCAAUAGCUGAUUUAGUUGCAGGCAUAACUCUAGGGCUAACUUUAGUUCCACAGAGCAUAGCGUAUGCUUCGCUGGCGAAUCUUCCAGUUCAGUAUGGAUUGUACUCAGCAUUUAUGGGUACAAUGCUGUACACAUUCCUGGGGACCGUAAAGGAGGUGUCAAUCGGUCCCACCAGCUUGAUGGCCCUUAUAACAUUACAAACAUGCCGAGGUCUGCCCAUCGAGUUUGUGGUUCUCCUAGCUUUCUUGGCGGGGUGUGUAGUCUUCGUCAUGGGUCUUCUGCGACUUGGGUUUCUGGUCGACUUGAUAUCACCGUCAGUAACAAGUGGGUUCACGUCGGCUACAGCCAUCACUAUAGUGGCUUCACAGUUAAAAGGCCUUCUGGGCAUUAGCUUCGUCGCGGAGAGCAUACCAGAGAACUUAUACUUAAUAUUUUCCAAGUGGAGUGAAGUGAGACUGACCGACUGCGCGUUGGGCGCCGUUUGCUGCACUGUUCUCUUGUUAUUGAGGAAACUGAAGGACCUCCCAGUGAGUCCAAAGAGAUAUCGAUUGAAGAAAGUCCUGUGGUUACUUUCCAUUGCGCGGAAUGCUCUCAUAGUUGGGAUCUGCUCCACUAUAGCAUUCACGAUGCACAGUGACCAAAAUCCGCUGUUCAAACUAUCGGGUCGCGUAGAACCAGGAAUACCUAGAUUUAGUCUUCCACCAUUUAGUGCAACGAUAGGAAACGAGACGGUGGGGUUCUUUGAGAUGGUUCACACUUUGGGAUCCGCUGUGGUGAUGACCCCUGUCGUCAUGGUGCUCGCCAAUAUUGCGAUCGCGAAAGCAUUCUCUCCCGGUGGUCGCGUGGAUGCAACACAAGAGAUGAUGACCCUGGGUUUGUGUAAUGUGGCCGGCUCGUUCGUCCAUGCGAUGCCCACGUGUGGAGCCUUCACCAGGUCUGCCGUAUCCCACUCAUCGGGCAUCAGGACUCCAGCGGCUGGCAUGUACUCUGGUGUUAUAACACUACUGGCUUUGAAUUUCUUGACGCAGUAUUUCUUCUUCAUACCAAGAGCUUGUCUUUCCUCUGUGCUUAUCUGUGCUGUUAUUUUCAUGGUUGACUUUCGCAUCGUGGUAACCCUGUGGAGGAAGAGUAAGCGAGAGCUGGUGCUGCUCUUAUUAACAUUCGCUAUCGGCGUGUGGAAGAGCCUGGAGUUGUCGGUGAUAUUCGGCGUUGGGACCGGGCUGGUGUUACUGAUACGUGACGUUAUGAGGUCGCCAAUACUGAUGACACAGCACAAGUGUCGCAGCGGCGAUGUCAUCCGGAUAUCAGUACGCCGCGCACUCGUGUACGCAAACUGCGAGAAGUUUGCGGCACUUGUGCUCUCUGUACCCUGCCCCGCAGCCCCCGCACCCCGCGGCCUUGCGUUCCCCGUCGUUGUUGACUGCUCUGUGAUCACUCUCAUGGACUACACUGCUACAGAGGUGAUAUCCCGACUAAUCAACAAAUUCAAAGAAAGGGAUCAGAAGCUUGUCUUCUACAAUGCGUCUUCUGAAGCUAUUGGUUGGCUAGAGGGCAUAGAUAAUCUAGACAAAAGGGCUCUGAAAUGUAGAUGCGUGCAAGAGGCGUUGGAUGCUGCCGUGGCAACAGAUAAUGAAGCACACGAUGAAACUAGUCUUCUUUUGCAGAAAGUUCCGGCUACAGUCGAUGAAAAUGUAUAAAUAGUAUUCUUAUAAUAAAAUGACUAAAAAGAGAA